CCGCGCUGCGUCAUCGACCUGGGGACACUCUAGAAAACCUUCAGUCGGCUGAGGAGAGCCAAACUCACCUCACCCACGGUCCACUUCGCAGCACUCCCUGCACCGGUCUCUAAAUCAUUGAGACACGACUUAUCCCCUGCUCACUUGGUUUCAGACUUGUACACGCGCUUUUCUACGAAGUAUGCUUUUAUUUGAUGCUGUAUGAAGUGAUCUAUCUCUUGCAACACUAUCAUAGGCGCUUCUUUACUACAGUCCCAGAGAAAAGUUGCGCAUCGCUUGUUGAAUGCAGGAUACCUACUGCCUCAGCGUCAAUUCCAAGUUCAGCUUUGGAGCAACAGCCGGUAAGGAGCGGGGACUCCAGUGCGUCACCUCUCUCAGCGCCGAUAUGAAGUCUGCAGAGGAAGAUGCAUACAGCUACACACCAAACGUCAGCUUGUCCCUGCCCCUGGGCAUGGGCAACCCCUGUCUGGCCACCCAGUACCACACUUUACAGUCCAGCCCGGUCAUCUCAGUUUCCUCUUGCCACCAGACUGGCUACAGCCUCCAAAAUGAUAAUCAUGCAGCAUCAGGUUAUUACCUUCCUCAUGGCCUGAGACCCAAUGGGGCCCCAGCCUUGGAAAGCCCCCGCAUAGAGAUCACAGCCUACAGCCAAUAUCCCGAGGAUGAGGUAGAAGAGAGCAGCAGUGAGGACCACAUCAUCAAACGCGGCGUUAACUCCAUUGUGACGCUAACACUGCCUAAUGCCGAUGGUUACCGUGAUCCCAGCUGCCUCAGCCCUGCCAGUAGCAUCUCGUCCCGUAGCUGUAACUCAGAGGCGUCCUCUUACGAGUCAGGCUUCUACAACUAUGACAACUCCCCCCAGAACUCUCCUUGGCAAUCUCCUUGUGUUUCUCCCAAAGGCUCGUCCUCACUCCUGUCCUGCCAUCAUGCCAGUGGGCCAGCAGCUUCCCCUCGCCAUUCACCAUCCACCUCCCCGCAGAUAGGAGCUUUAGCUGAGGAAGGAUGGCCAGCACAACCUCGUGGCUCCAGGCCGAACUCCCCUUUCUGCAGUGGAGGCAACGGCAUCGGCUCCAUGGGAAAGAGAAAGUACAGCUUCAAUGGCACCCCAUACCGUCAGACAUCCUGCUCACCCAACCAGUCGCCCACCCCAUCCCCACAUGGCUCCCCGAGGGUUAGCGUCACAGACGAGAACUGGCUCGCCAAUACCAACCAGUACACCAACUCCGCCAUUGUGGCUGCCAUCAACGCGCUAACCACAGAUGGAGUGGUGGAAAUAGGGGAGGGAAUCCCAAUCAAGACAAGGAAGACCAUGUUGGACCACUCAACAUCCAUGAGCCUGAAGAUGGAGCCUGCCGGUGAGAUGCUGAGCCCUGACGGGGAGCUCUGUCAUGAGGACUACCCCUCCCGCAUGGCCCUGAAGAAAGAGAACUACUGUGGAGGGUUCCUCGAUGUGCCCCAGCACCCGUACUCCUGGUCUAAACCAAAGCCUUACCUCAGCCCCUCUCUGCCAUCUCUGGACUGGCAGCUUCCAUCCUGCUCCGGCCCUUACAACCUACAGAUCGAGAUGCAGCCAAAGUCCCACCACAGGGCCCACUAUGAGACCGAAGGCAGCCGAGGGGCGGUGAAGGCCCCGUCAGGAGGCCACCCUGUAGUACAGCUUUAUGGCUACAUGGAAAGUGAGCCGCUCACCCUGCAGCUGUUCAUAGGGACCGCAGACGACCGCCUCCUGCGACCACAUGCCUUCUACCAGGUCCACCGCAUCACCGGUAAAACCGUCUCCACUGCCAGCCAUGAAGUCAUGCAAUCCAACACCAAAGUUCUGGAGAUCCCUCUGCUGCCUGAAAACAACAUGAGAGCCAUAAUUGAUUGCGCUGGGAUCCUGAAGCUGCGUAACUCAGACAUCGAGCUCCGUAAAGGGGAAACCGACAUUGGACGUAAAAACACCCGUGUGAGAUUGGUGUUCCGGGUACACAUCAACCAGCCCAAUGGCAGGACAGUGUCUCUGCAGGCUUCUUCUAACCCCAUUGAAUGCUCCCAGCGUUCAGCUCAGGAGCUUCCCUUGGUGGAGAAGCAAAGUGUGGAUAGCUACCCUGCAACUGGAGGCAAAAUGGUGCUCCUCAGUGGCCUCAACUUCCAACCUGACUCCAAGGUGGUGUUUGUGGAAAAGGCGCAGGAUGGGCAUCACCUGUGGGAAACAGAAGCCAAAGUUGACAAGGACUCCGUCAAAUCAAGUUCUCUUGUUGUGGAGAUCCCACCGUACAGGAACCAGAGAAUAUCCAGCCCUGUGCAGGUCAACUUCUACGUCUGCAACGGCAAGAGGAAGAGGAGCCAAUGCCAGCGCUUUACCUACCUGCCUCCUAAUGUGCCGAUAAUAAAGACAGAACCCAGUGAUGAAUAUGAUUCACUGGGAACUGCAAGAUUGCCAAUGCAUUCAAAGUCCUAUUACAGCCAGCCCAGGCUCACUCCCAUCAUGCCUGUCGCUGAUCCUGAUGCCUGCUUGGUUGGUGGCUACCCUCCCUGCCCAGUUCGCCAUGCUGCCAUGCAAUCAUCAUCUCCCAGCUCCAGCCCAACUCUGCAUGACCUGUCCCCAGUGGCGUACACCAAGUGCCUCCCCAACAGUCCAACCCAUGCAGCACCACCAGGCUCUGUUGCACCCCCAAUCCAAGAGACCCCCGGCUGUGCAAGCCUUGACCAGUCAGCUUCGCCAGACCACAAUACUUUUAUGCUCCAUUCCCAGGGCAGCCCCGACCACCUCAACAGUCCAGGGCCACAUGGUUAUCAUCCAAUCUAUGCCAACAGCAGUCCCUCAUCAUCCCCGGUAUCCCACCCAUCCACUCCUGGUGCGACGGCAGAGAGCCCCUUCGUUCAGGCGUACAGCCCAAGUCAGGCCCAGGCAGCAGCCAGCUCAGCCAGCCUGUUACCAGAGGACGCCAGCCCCCCUUCCAUGGCCAUCACUGUCAAACAGGAGCCCCAGGAACUGGACCAGAUGUACCUAGAUGAUGUUAACGAGAUCAUCAGGAACGACCUCUCCAGCAUUUCCGUGCACACACACGCAUAGACGUCCAGAAGUCUUCUGCCACAGCACACACUCAGACGGCAGCAGCAUCAACAAAAAGAGGACAAAUACACAAUCAAAUCAGAUCCAGGUGAUGAAGAAGUAAGUUUGGACCAGGAUCUCCCCAUCUCGACCGCCUCUGCCACCAGAUCCUCUGAGAAUCACAAGGACAAUCACUGGCAGAGCUCCAUUUGAAUAAACACAUGAAUGUUCUAUUUACACAAAGGGAAGUGAUUUCAGGGGAAGAGUACACGACGACACUCGCCUUAAAGUCACAGCAGAUGUUCUUAAGCGGACCAAACAGCUCAAUGAGACUGAAUUCCUCCCAUUGUAGACAAAUGACAAUCUUCUUAUCGAGUGUGAUCUGUAUGUUAAUGCAUGGACAAGUUAACAGGACGAGAGGUGUCGCGUUUCAUCACUUUGCUCUAUUUGUUUGUGCAGUCAGUCCGCAUCAACCGAAUAGGUGCCUUACAGCAGUGAUGUUGACGGCAAACAACAGCAGCAGUGGCACAAAUGCAAAAGGUUCACUGUAACGUGGACGUUUUUCUAUGACCGUUUUGUAUCAUUUCAAAAAUUUGUUUACAGGGAAACAGGAUUAAAGGCUGGAAUACAUGUAGGGAUUAUGUGAAUAGAUUAGAAUUGUAUUUCUUUUCUUCCUGCGCCUUCAUUAUUAUCUCAUUGUUCAUUUAUACUGAAUGUUAUUGUAUAUUCUUUUGUAUAAACAUGUAUUUGGAAAUGUACGCCUUAUGCUUUAUGACGCUGUUUACUUUGUUUUUUCCAUUAGCUUCUUAUUUUAAAUUGUCCUCCCCUGAAAUGAUUUGUACCAUUUCUAUUUCUCUUCGAUAUACUUUUCACCUUAGUGCCUAUUUUUUUUCUGUAUCACCCUGUGCUCGUCUUCCACCUAAACCGUGACAUAUUAAUGCAAAGACAAUCUGAGAAAUAUAAAGAACAUAUCUUAUGAACAGUUCCUAGUUUUGGGAGCUUAAAAAGGCAGGUAUCAACAUUUUCUUCUUUCCCAGCUAUAGAAUAGUUCAACAAUGGUAUGCUUACCUGCUGAAUAGAAAUGAGAAUACCAAUGGAAAAGAUGUGUUUGUCAGUCACUUCUUGCACUGCAGGUCUGUGUGUAAAUAGACACAGGGAUAAUGUAAGAACGCCACACAGGCUCAGUUGGACUCACCUGGGGGAUUCUGCUGAGGAGUUGGCAGGACUGUUACGUACUGGGGCAAUAAUUGAUCUGAGUAAACCAAAGGAUUUUAUCUUUGGUGAAAUUAUUGUCCAAGUUUUCUUUUGUUUUUCUGUCGUAGACUUAAGUGUAGAACAGCUUAUUAAAAAAAAAAAAAACAUAAUGCACUUUACAGAACAGCUUUUCUUGCCUCCAAACCAAAUAUUGCCGACUGAUUCAUGAACUCACCUACUUCCACUCCUCUCUCACACGGCAUCAGUCUCUUCUGUCUUUAUGGAGCAUGCACAUCAUACUAAAGUUUGGAAUCAUUUAGCAGACAGUAGCUCUCACUUAUAGCUUCCUAUUUUGUUUUCCAACAAGUAGUAUAAUAGCAUGACUAAAGUGUAUGAAUAAAGUUUCUAUUUUGUGCCUUAAUCUCUUUCUUGGACACAAAAUCAUCGCAACUCUAAUCAUGCUUUUCUUUGUAGGAAAAAAAAGGUGAACCUUAUUUCUCUUUAAUAUGAAAUAUUUAUGAAAAAUGAAAUGUGUUUUAAAGUGCAUUUAAUGUGUUCUCUACAAUGAAUAAAUAAAUGGCAUAAUGGUGACCAUAUAUAAACUA